GGAGAGCAGAAAGUCCUCCAUGCUGUCUAGCGCCUCCUUCCUUCCUGUCACCCUCUCAGCUCAUGCUGCCUCUGUGAGGCAGCUCUACUCCACCAUCGCCCUUGGGCCGCUCCUUUUCCCCCCAAGGACUUCAUCCGCAGCCGCCCCCAGCGCUAGAACAUUCUCCGUCUGGACACAGCAGCCACGGGUGGUGGGGAGGGAGAGGACCAGACAUUUUAAAACUGUGGCCCAAUUGUGAUGUAAAUGCUGUGUGACCCUGGGCCAAAAUGGGCAGUGCCCUUACCUGUCCUCACCAUCACCACUACCAAACCCAGCCUGGUUUAAGUCACCGCCGCGCCCCCGCCCCCGCGCCAGGCGGGGAGUCGCAGCCCGCCCGGGGGCGCUCCCGGGCGUCUACGCGACUCCAGGGACGAUGGGCUCCUUUUCUUAGACGCCGCCUCGCGGCUGCUUGCCGCCGCCUCCUGCCACCCGAUCGGGCUGCGGGGGACCUGCCCGACCCCGUGCCAAGGCGCCAUGGCAAGGGCCCUCCAGCCCUGGCUCGUGGCCGCGUUGAGUGCCUUGAGUGCCGGGCGGCCCGGGACUGCGGAGGGUUCCCGAAGGGAGGAACGGGCUCUGUGAGGUCAGAGCGCCGCGGCCCGGGUCACAAUGCAACCCGCCCCCUCGACGCCUGGGCCGCGGCGCGCCGCAGACACCCGCCCGGCUCCGCCUGGACCGGAGCGUCCUCCCGCGGCCAGGGGUCGGGCAGCUGCUUCCAGCCUGGGACCGGCCUCGGCCUCUGGCAGAGCGCCCCGGGGCCUAGACAUGAGUGCCCAGGAGCCCUCGCAGGGUCGGAGAUUCCCCAUUGAGGCUGGAGACUCCCCUGGCCUUGCCGCUGCCCCCGAGUCCCAGGACAGCCCGGAGCCGGUAGCCACGGAGCACAACCGGGUCAGGCCGCUUCGACGCUGCCCGGGCUGUCACUGCCUGACACUGCUGCACGUGCCCAUCGACGUCUACCUGGCCAUGGGCGGGAGCCCCCGGGCCCGCGCCACCUGAAGGCGCCUGCGUACGGCGGCUCCGCGGGAGCCGGGCGGGGGGACGAGGCCCGCAAAGGCCACCACGCUGAGGUCGCGCGCGCCGAGCACGAGACAAUGAUGCACAUUUUAAAAUAAAAGAAUGAUGCACAUUUUAAUAAAGCACAGCAUAAACUGUUCUUUCCA